GGAGGACACAAUAGCCGCAGAGGAGAAGCGGGGGCAAGAGGGAGACUCCUCCUUCUGGCCCGCCUCGCUUUCCCUCAGCCGGGUAGCAACGCCGCCCGAUUCAGCCCACCUUCCCCCCUCGCAGCCUCCCCCGGCGCGCCCCGUCCACUUGGCUUUCCAACCGGGCAGAGGAGAAACUUCGACCGCUCGUGCGCCGCCGCCGCCGCCGCCGCCGCGCCCGCCCCAUGCCCGGCUCUCCCCCCAGCGGCGCCCGCUAGCCGUCCAUGGCGCGGCCCGGGAUGCUGCUCUGCUGCUGCGCCGCGGCGCUGCUGGCGGCGUGGUGGGGCACCGCCAACGCCAGCCUGAGCUCGCCUCCGACCGGCCCCCCGCUGGAGGACGAAGCGGAGAACCAGGAGAACAUUCUCUCGCAGUUGCUAGGUGACUAUGACAAGGUGAAGGCGGUGUCCCAAGGCUCAAACUGCCAGUGCAAGUGCGUGGUGAGACCCCUGGGCAGAGGAGCAUGUCAGAGGAUCAACGAAGGCUCUUUCAAAGCUGAGGAUUUUUACAUGGUGGAAACAAUUACUUCUGGACCAGAAUGCAAGUGCUCCUGCGUGGCUCCACCUUCUGCUCUCAAUCCCUGCGAAGGGGACUUCAGGCUGAAAAAACUGCAGGAAGCAGACAACAAGGACUUCAAGCUUGCAGCUGUCAUUGAGAUGCUAGAAAAUGCUUUCUAUGGUUUAGACUUGCUAAAACUGCAUUCUGUUACAACGAAACUUGUGGGUCGUGUGGAGAAACUGGAAGAGAAAGUGUCUAGAAACCUCACCAAAGACAAUAAACAGAAGAGACAGAAUGCAGAAGAAAGUUUUCAGGAGGUGGAUAUUGAUAGCACAAUUAAUUCUUCCAACAACCAUGCUGAUAGCCAGAGUUCAUUGCAGAGGGAUGCUGCAGCAGCUUAUACACUCACAGAGGAAAAAUAUGAAGAAGUUUUUGUACAUGAUGAAAAGGCUUCUCGGCAUAUAAGCUCUGCUGAGUCGUUGCAUUAUGCCCUCCCAGCUACAGGGGCAAUGAAUCCACAGGCAGUUUCAGCAAGAAAACUUCACGUGAGGAGCAGGCCUCCCACCCAACAGAAUGUUGUCCGAGAAAUCACAUACUAUAAGGCCAAAGAUGCUGAAACAGAAAAUGACCUUGAAGAACCAGAAGAAGAGUCCUUCAGUGGUGAUACUAUAGAUUUGCUGAUUGAGGACCAGCUUUUGCAUCACAACUACCUGUCAAAUGUCCCUUCAAGGAAACCACCACCUAUGGAAGAUCUGCUUUUACACGAUGAUAUUCAACUCCUGAAGGCGCAUGUUACAAGCACUGCACCCCAUGGAAAAGAAAUGCCUGCGAACAUUAGCACAAUAACAGAAUCACCAAUGUCUUCCACAGACAGGGUGCUUCCUCUAGAAUCAACCACAGUCACUACCUCAUCAGUUAUUUCUACUACCCAAAUCCCAGAGACCACAGCAACAGCUGAAUUUCCAGUAACUGGGGCAGCAUAUAAAAAUACCACGUGGACCUUGAAAACACUGUCUCAGAUUGCCACUCAGGCUCCCACAAUCACAACUACAGCAGAACAGGACACAGCUACUAUAGGGGCACCCAUAAUUAGCAUAACCACAAAAGAUUUCCACAUACAAAUGACGUCUGAGCCUACCAUGAGCAAAACUGUGACCUCUCCAGCCUCUGUGAAUCCUAACCUUACUGUCACACCGAAAUAUAACCUCGAUGAGGAAGAUAUCAGAAACAGCAUUGGUCAAUGCAAGGACACUUUGUCCACUAUUACUGGGCCAGUAAUUCAGAAUACUUAUGGGCGGAAUGAAGGUGCUUGGAUGAAGGAUCCAGUUGCCAAAGAUGAGCGAAUCUAUGUCACCAACUAUUAUUAUGGCAAUACAUUGGUGGAAUUCCGGAAUCUGGACAGCUUCAGACAAGGCCGAUGGAGUAACUCGUACAAGUUGCCCUACAGUUGGAUGGGAACAGGCCAUGCUGUCUUUAAUGGUUCUCUCUACUACAACCGAGCCUUCACCCGCAACCUCAUUAAGUAUGACCUAAAGCAGCGCUACGUGGCUGCCUGGGCCAUGUUGCAUGAUGUAGCCUAUGAGGAGGAGACCCCUUGGCGGUGGCGCGGCCAUUCAGAUGUAGAUUUUGCUGUGGAUGAAAAUGGCCUAUGGAUCAUUUAUCCCGCCAUUAAUUAUGAUAGCUUCAACCAAGAGGUGAUUGUCCUCAGCAAACUCAAUGCCAUGGAUCUGAGCACCCGUAAGGAGACCACCUGGCAGACGGGUCUACGGAAGAACUUCUAUGGCAACUCCUUUGUCAUCUGCGGUGUCCUCUAUGCUGUUGACAGCUACAACAAGAGAAAUGCCAAUAUUUCAUAUGCAUUCGACACGCACACCAAUACCCAGAUUAUCCCUCGCCUGCUCUUUGAGAAUGAGUAUUCCUACACCACUCAGAUAGACUACAACCCCAAGGAUCGGCUCCUUUAUGCUUGGGACAACGGCCACCAGGUUACUUACAAUGUCAUUUUUGCUUAUUAAGGACACAAGGGGGUGAUUUUAAUGGGUCACAGCACCUUUUUAUAUAAACACGUUUGCUUUUAAUUCUAUAAAUCAGAGUAAAUGUGUGGGUUUAAAAGUUU